GUUCGUAGGUACUUGUAUUGAAUGAUUGAGUGUGUGGAUAAUCGGACUGAAAACUUGCAAUUCUAGCUACCUUUUUUCAACCGAACCGCGGUUAGAGACACAUUGCACUGACGUUCCACCGUCUAACAUUGCUUGUGAAUCUAAAAACCUAUACAUUCGUUGAAAUAUGGUGAAGUUGACGCCGGAGUUGAUUCAAACCUCAGCACAACACACGAAUCCAGUGCGGGACCGGGAACUGGAUCUGAGAGGGUACAAGAUUCCAGUGAUUGAAAACUUGGGAGCUACACUGGACCAGUUUGAUUGUAUUGAUCUGUCUGAUAAUGAUAUCCGUAAAAUUGAUGGUUUUCCUCUUCUAAAACGACUUAGAUGUCUACUCCUGAACAAUAACAGAGUAUGUCGAUUUGCCGAAAAUCUGCAAGAAAAUUUACCUCAAAUAGAAGAGCUUAUUCUGACAAAUAACAGUGUUCAGGAAUUGGGUGAUCUCGACCCACUGGCUAGUGUUAAAACCCUGCGAGUUUUGAGUUUGUUAAAUAAUCCAGUUAUAAGCAAGAAACAUUACCGCCUGUAUGUCAUAAGCAAACUACCACAACUCAAGUUAUUGGAUUUCCAGAAAAUCAGAAUGAAGGAAAGAGAACAAGCUAGGAAGGUAUUCAAGGGACAGAAAGGACAUCAGUUAGCGAAAGACAUCGGAAAAAAAUCACAAACGUUUAUACCAGGAGCUGGAUUAGUAGAGAAGAAGACUGGUCCGUCUGUUGAUGAUGUGGCCGCCAUCAGAGAAGCCAUUGCUAAUGCCAAGACACUUGAGGAAGUAGAACGAUUGAAUCAAAUGUUACGAACUGGACACAUACCCGGCAAAGAUAAGAGAAAACCUGAUAAGAAAGAAGGUAAAAUUAAAUGACCAAACACUAGCAUUUAAAUACGUUUGACAUCAAAAGUAUUGAAUUCACUACUUUCAUGUACUAUGUUAUGCCAUCUACAUCUAUAAUGGUAAAGUUGCAG